AUGGACGGCCCCAUCUCUCUAUCAGAAGCUCCCAAGCGUAAAAAUGGCCGUCUGCAAUCUUGCGAGCCCUGUCGAAAGCGCAAAGUUGCGUGUGACCACCGCCUUCCGGUGUGUUCGCGAUGUCGCCGCGGAGGCGUCGCCGACAAGUGCGUCUAUAUGACUCAACUUGGCCAGCGGACCCAUCCUCAUCAAAGCCGCCAUGACAGUAUUUCAAGGUCGUCCGUGGUCGCUGCAGUGCCGCCUUUGAGGCCGCCGCAGGUUGCCAACGGCAGCUCAACUCCCAAGGCGAACAUGUCGGAGAACAACAAUGUUGGGUAUCUCGGCGCAACGAGCAUUACGACCUUUUAUGAGGAGGCGCAGAAUCGCCUGUCCACGGCAUGGAAGCGCGAGCCCGAUCCGGAGACGCUGCCGCUGAAGAUUGUGGAAGCUUUCCCGCGCUUGGACGAGUUUGCCCUCAGCGCUCUGCGCGCGAUCCCCGACAUGGCUACUUCCAAGCUCUUGGCGAGGAUGUACUCCAGCUUCUACGGAGGCUGGUGUCCGCUGGCAGGGGAGUGGCUGACUGAUUCUGUGUGGGCGGCCUAUGGUGGGAUUUUGGGCCAGGAGCCUCGGGACGAAGAGCAGCUUAGGCGUAUAUCUGUUAAGCUGUGUAAAAACAGCGCGGUUCCCUUGGGAGAUGAUAGGAACAAACAUGUGGAGGAGUGGUUUGACGAGUUUUCCGGACCGAAUCUCCGAUGGGAAUCUCUUGGGAUACUGUUUGUUUUCUGGGCUUAUGGUGCUCGCAGACUUCCUGACAAGUCUAUUCUCCCAAAGGACUGCAUCGACCUGCAGAACAAUCACGGGAGCUGUCUUGUAAGCCGGUAUAAGACGGCUGCCUGGAAAUGUAUCGAGCUUAGUCGUGACGCUUCCAAUAGCAAUACCCUGUUGGCAUUUGUUGUCUUUGGACACUGCUUGCUGGAAUCGACCGUAUCAGGGGAUGCAGGCAUGCAGUAUUGGAGGACGCAUGGCGAUCUCAUGGCGUUGACGACUUACUUGGGCCUCCACGUCUCUCCAAACGCCGAUCCCAUGGAUUGGUCCGUAACGACUCAAAUCAAGCGCCGACUAUUCGCUGCCAUCUUUGCACACGACAAGGUAACAUCCACAUUCACGGGAAGGCCUAUGUUCCUCGGCAGGAAUUUCACAUCGACGCCGCUGCCUCUUGACAUGAGUGAUGAAUUGCUGUUGUCAAAUCCUUCAAUAACUAGACGUGAAGACUGUCGCGUUGAUGAGAAUGGAUGGAACAUUGAUGGAAAGAUUUACACGACGACAACUCUCCGCGCAAGGGGCAUGCUGGCGUAUAUAAGAGAUGAGAUUCUGGAGAUUUCUCUGCAGGGCAUGGAUUUUGGUGGCAAGACGGCACUCGUCAACCUGAAACGACGAGAAAUGCAAAUCGUCGCUAGCUUCCCAUCUUGUCUAAUCUACCAAGCCGAAGACAUCAACAAUUUCGAAAUCCCCGGAAGAGAACUCUACGGCAAACUCCUCGUCUGGCUAGAACACCUCCAGAACCUCUUCUUCAUCGAGCGCCUCCUCAGCAAAGAAGACGGCGCAAGCGAAGCAAACGAAACACGACUUUUCGAAAUCAGCAUCGAGAUGGUGACGCUCGCGCAUCUCUUCUGGACGCAUCAGAACCGUCUCAAAACGGCUCAAGACUGCGUUGAGUGGAACGUGGUUUCGUACGCUGCACCAGCGGGUGGAGUUCUCUGUAUGGAGCUAUUGAAAGGCACAACGCGCGGCACUAUGAGUCCGGUCGCUACAAAGGCCGUCAUUGUCGAGAAGCUGGGAAUGCUGGCUUCGUUCCUAGACUGGGUUGGGCCUACGUCGCCGAACGCGGAUAUCUGCUAUAGAGUGAAGAAGGUUGUGCGGCGGGUGCUGGAGCAGGCGCUGGAGGCACCUGUGCAGACGAAUAUGCUGGAUGAGGGAGGGCAUUGGAAUAUGGAUGUUUCGGCUGACUUUAGCACGUUUUUUAAUUUCGAUUUGUUGGAUACGUUUGAGUGGCUAAGGCCAGAGGGAGCGUGA